UAUUCUUCUUUUUCAUCCUUUAUUAUCUCCCUACUUUUGUACCAACCAUUUAAACCUUUUAAUACUCCUACUACUAUUAAUUCUUUUAAGUUUUGUGUUCAAAAGAAAAGCUUAAUACUACUCCUAAAAAGGCCAAAGAAAUGCAAAAUGUAAUUUGAGAUGCACUUCUUUUGUAAAUUGUAAAUACUCAAACCUUUUUCCCCUAAAAAUUACUCCAGCUGCAAUUGUGUAUUCCGUUGAAGUUGAGUUCUCAUCCAAAUUCUUCCAUUUUUCUUCCAAAUCAGUAAAAUUUGCUUUAAUUUAUGGACCCUCACGGAGUCGAUGCAGCGGCUAACGAUCAAUCGGACGGGAAUUCAUCCGAUUCAUCCGCGGAGGAGGAUAAAGCCAUACGGGAGGUGAUAGGGGAGGUCGCAUUGGUGAUGCAGCAGUACUUAGUAAAGUGGGCAGGAGCACACCUGGCUAAAGCCAAGGAAGAAGCCGAAGCCGAAGAGGAAGAGGAUGCGACAGAGGAAGAAACAGAAACCGAAGAGGAUGAGGAAGAAACCGAAACGGAAGAGGAUGAGGAAGAAGCCGAAGCCGAGGAGCAGCAGGAAGACGGCGGUAGAAAGAAAGGCAAAAAAGAGUACGAUGAUGAGGGCGGACUAAUUAUUUGCCGCUUAUCUGACCAGAGAAGAGUGACACUAUCUAAAUUUGAAGGGGAGACUCUGGUAUCGAUUACGGAGCAUGACAAGCGAGAUGGAAAAGAGCUUCCAACGGCCGAAGGGAUAAGGUUGACGGCUGAUGAGUGGGCCUCCUUCAAGAAGAAUGUACCUGAUAUAGAGAAGACCAUCAAGAUGAUGGAGUCGAGGUGAACUACUCGUUUCGUUCAUUCCAAACCAACAUGUUUUGAUCUCCGUCUUUAGGUGCUACUACUAGUGGAAUUAUUCGUGCAUAUUAUAAGUCAUUUUGCUCCCGGUGCGACCCGACGUGUUGGAGGAAAAUCUCAACUUCGCCUUGUCCCCGAUCACUGAAAGCCCUCCCAUGGGGACUAAAGCGGCAAGUCCAAGCAUUGAAAUCCCUCCCUACUCUUCUGUAGAUAAGUACGCUGACCAAUUGGGAUGCUUCGCACACGCUCUCGACGUGAAGUAUUUGUCCACGAUGCUCGCUGAUGAUACGUCGUCGAUGUCUGAGGAAAAUCAAAAGCUGCAUGAAGAGAUGAUUGUUUUACUCUAGAACAAAUUAUUCAGGAAGUAAUUUAGGAUUUUAAAUUUAAACUUUUAUGAAUUUUAAUUAAUGUAAUUUUUAUGAAUUUUAAUGGAGUAUGUUAUACUGGUA